CUAUCUUUUCAUCUCCAUCUCCACCUCGGAGCGAAGAAAAUGAAGCAACCGGCCACACCGAACGCGGCGGAGGAAACCAAAGCAGAACAAAACCAAACCCGAGCAAAGCAGAAACCCAAGAAAAUCCCAACUGCAACGGAGCUAAUCUCUCACUACCAGAAACGAGGCCUCGAACCAGCCGAAGCAUCGGUUAAGGUCAUCGAAGACUUACAAAACGCGCUCGUCCGCGUCGUUUCGUCUUCCAAGAACAACGCCUCCAGCAAAGACAAGCUUUUAACCGACGCGAGGAAAAUCGACGCCGUUAACGGAAGGCUCGCCCUCGUGGACGCUAAGCUGGAGACGAAGCCUGGAUACGUUGAGACUUUCGUGUUGGGUUUAGCUUCUGGUGCAGCACUUAACGGGAUUAACGCCGUCUGGCCUCACGUUACCAGAGGCAUCGGUCAGGUUUGGUCCGCCGUUAAGAGUGGGACAGAUCCGUCAUCGGCUUCUUAAAAUGAUAGAAAGGAAUAUCGGCGGCUUCAGUUUUUCUACUGGUUUUUUUUGAGUUUGUAGUUAAGAGUUUAGUUGAAAGGUUUCAGCUUUCAGACAUACGAGCAUUUGAGACAGAACCUCGGUUAUAUAUGAAGAGGUGUAUGUAAUGAGAUUUUAAUUUUAUACAUUUGUUCGCUUUUUAGGCGGUCUUGUGUGACUGCUUCCAGUUGAA